AGCUCAGCGCUGAAAAGUUGUAGCUGCCACGUCUGCGCGUGUUUGGCAUCGAGUAUCAAAGGGAGGGGACGGGGUAGGCAAUAAAAGGGAUAUAUUCCCAAAAAGUGCGGCUAAAACGUACUUUGCGUAUUAUGAUGCUUAAAUGUUUAAACGUUUACCAAGCGCUCAUUUUUACCUUAGUGCUGGGUUAUGCCAGCAGUGCUCUGAUACCAGAGCCUGAAGUGAAAAUCGAUGUGUUGCAAAAGCCUUUCCUCUGUCACCGAAAGACCAAACUAGGUGACCGAUUACUGAUACAUUACGCUGGAUUCUUUGAGAAUGGCACCAUGUUUCAUUCCAGUCAUGAGAACAACAAUGGCGAGGCAGUUUGGUUCACACUUGGGAUUAAAGAAUCACUUAAAGGCUGGGACAGAGGAUUACGUGAGAUGUGUACUGGAGAGAAGAGGAAACUAAUCAUUCCCCCAGCCCUUGCCUAUGGGAAAGAAGGAAGAGGAAAAAUUCCACCUGAAAGCACUUUGACAUUUGAAAUUGAACUUCUUGAGAUCAAAAAUGGACCACGGUCUCAUGACUCAUUCCAGGAGAUGGACCUCAACGAUGACUGGAAAUUGUCCAGAAAUGAGGUGAAAGAGUACCUCCGCAGAGAAUUCGACAAAUAUGGAGUUCCACAAAAUGACACCCAGCAGGACUCUAUGGUUAGAGACAUCUUUAAAAAUGAAGAUGAAGACGAAGAUGGAUAUAUUUCUGCCAGAGAAUUUACAUAUAAACACGAUGAGCUGUAAAUCAUUUAAUGGCUCUGUUCCCUACCAGCAAAUGAGGACGCUGCAUUUGUGAUUUCAAAGGUUUAUUUUUCAAAGGAAAAAAAAUCACUCCAUUGAAAAGUAAGCCUGAUAUAUAAAGUCUCUUUUCAAAAGUUUUUUUUUAAAGAAGACAAACCUGACAUAUUCUAAAAGAUGACUGGAUGAAUUGCUCAUUGGAUGGCAUAUUUACCUCCCAUUUUAAAUGUUUUACCUCAAGCAUCCACUCAGUAAGUGCAGACAUUUCUGUGGACAUUAACAUCAAUCAUAAUUGUACGACAGUUGUCGAGAGAGUGGGGGUUUUGGAAUCACAAGUCCAUUACUGAUUGAUUGUUGAUGUUCAUUUUGAAAAGGUGCACUGUCCUUUCAAUUGUGCAUUGCCGAAGACUUAGUUGCGUGUUUGUGGUAUAAAACAGAGGAUUGGGUGAACAAAAUAUUAAUCCGGUCUGCUUUACCAGUGAACUGCAUACUCCUUUUACUGUUUUUUCACUAGAUUUUUUUUACAUAAAACACUGCCAGAGUAUAUUUAAAUAUGCUCAAGAAGUGCUUUCUCAUAGUAGAAAAUACUAAAACAAACUCCGACUGGUGAUUUUUACCUCGUUCCCCCUCACCCUGCCAUGACAAUAAAAAUCAGUUAGAUGGAA